GUUUUUAUUCGGGCUUCAUUCUCGCUCUGAAAACGCCAAAUACGCUUUCAAACCAAAAUGGAGGAUUUGUCGGUCGAGGUGUACGGUGAAAAUGGUGCUUAUUAUAAGGCCACUGUCACCGACGUGCUCGACAACGAAGUUCUCGUAGCUUUCGAAAAUGACUGGCAGCCAGAGUCCAAAUUUCCAUUUUCACAAGUAUUUUUACCGCCCAAGGAUGCGGGGAAGACGACAGAAUUCGUGGAAUUCCAGGAAGUGGAAGUUUUCGCCAGAUCAAAUGAGAAGGAACCAUGUGGGUGGUGGACAGCCAAUAUUAAGAUGAUAAGGGGAGAGUUUUUAGUAAUAGAGUAUACAGAAUGGGACAACUGCUACACAGAGAUCGUGCCCAAGGACCGACUCAGGGUGAAGACCACUAAGACACCUAUUGACAAGAACACCUUUCAUAAAUUUGAGAUCAAAGUUCCCGAAGACCUGAAGGACUACGUGCAUGAGAUCCAUGCGGCGAAGGUUGAGAACGCGCACAAGGAGUUCCAGCGGGCGAUCGGCGCGGCCGCGGUGUGGUACGUGCCCGAGCGCGGCGCCCUCGCCAUCAUCUCCCGGUGCGAGACCAGCCAGAAGCGUGCGCAGAUGCUGCACGAGAUGCACUUCCGGAAUCUAGGCCAAAAGUUAUUACUUCUUAAAAAAACUGAGGAAGCGGCGAAACAAUUGGAGUCUACGAAAAUUCACAGUCAAGGCGGAUACACGGACGAGUUCAGCGUGCGCGAGGACCUGAUGGGUCUGGCUAUCGGCACGCACGGCGCCAACAUCCAGCAGGCGCGGAAGGUCAGCGGCAUCACCAACAUCGAGCUCGAGGAGAUGUCCUGCACCUUCAAGAUCUACGGAGAGUCGGCGGAGGCGGUACGGGAGGCGCGGUCGAUGCUGGAGUACGCGGAGGAGUCCAUCAAGGUGCCGCGCGCGCUCGUCGGCAAGGUCAUCGGCAAGAACGGCAAGGUCAUCCAAGAGAUCGUGGACAAGAGCGGCGUGGUCCGCGUGAAGGUGGAGGGCGACAACGAGCCGGCGCCCAGCGCGCCGCGCGAGGAGGGCAUGGUGCCCUUUGUGUUCGUGGGCACGCGAGAGAACAUCGCCAACGCCAAGGUGCUCGUCGAGUACCAUGUCGCACACCUCAAGGAAGUGGAGCAGCUGCGCGCGGAGAAGCUGGAAAUCGACAACCAGCUGCGGGCGGCGUCGGGCGGCUCCUCCUCCUCGUACCCCCCGCCCCGCGGCGCGCCUCCCACCCGCGCCAGACGCCCCCGACCGCCGCUAGGACGAUACCCGACAGGAGGACGACGACCAACCCCAGAGAUAGGCGAGGAAAGAGGAGACAACUCGUCGUAUCGCGGACGGGGUAGGCCGCCUCGUCCAAACAGGUCGAGUGAGCGGCGCGGCGAGGAACGACGCGUACCGCUGGAGAAUGGACGCGCGCACAUGCCGCGACCUCCGCGCGAGCACCGUGAGCCCCGGGAACCCCGCGAACAGCGGGAACCGCGCGAACAGCGGGAACCGCGCGAACAGCGGGAACCGCGCGAACAGCGGGAGCCGCGCGAACAGCGGGAGCAACGGGAACCGCGCGAGCCCCGGGAACAGCCAAGAGAUGCACGUGACGCGAGCGGGCGGCGGCGCGACGACCGGCGAAGGCAGACGGACGACGACAGCUCGCAGCUCGACAGCCACGACGUGUCGAGUGCCGACAGAGGCGGCGGGUGGAAGAACGGCGCGCACGCGGGCGGCGGCGGCGGCGGGGAGGGUGCGGCGGCGGGGGCAGGAGCGGUGACGGCGGCCGGCGGCAAGGGCCGGCGCGACAAGGCCAAGGGCGAGCCGCUGCUCAACGGCACCGCGUAGGGCGACCGGGCGGCGAGACCGCCACGACUUGUAUCGCUCGGCCCCCCGGGCCGGACCUACCUAGACUUACUCGUAUUAUGCUUUCGUAAGAGAUUCGUGAUUUGUACUCCUGAUUAUUCGAUAAUAUGAAAAUUCGAGAUGUGUACGUCGCUCCCCGGACGAUACUAGACCGCGGCCUUUCGGUACGUUUAUGGAGGACCGGACAUAGCGCAGAACAUACGUGUGCCGUAGCUUGUACUCUGUGGUUAUGUAGUUUCCUCUAAAAUAAACAUUUCUGUACAUAUUUUCAA